CACGACCGAACCUUGACAAAAGGAAGAAAAGUACAAAGUCACAGUCGAGAUCGAAGAUCAGUAGUGUGUCUGCGAACAGAAGGUAGAUUCGAGCUUAUCGGGCGAUAAGGUUUUCAUUGAAAACCCUGACGACUUCAUCCGACGAAUUUUGCGUCCUCGAGAAGACGCUCUGCGGGAGGUACUUUCUUACGAAAGAAGUAUCGGGAAGAACUUGCCGAGUCGCUGAGGUCAUGCGCAUGAUUACUUCAGGGCGGUGCGUCAUUUUGUACGUAGGCGCUACGGCGAGCGGGCCGGUGCACGCCGAGCGGGCGGGGUUUCUGGCGCCGCGCCCGGGAAACGAGCGCAAAUGGCUUUGGGCGGACCUUUUGCCCGACCCCAGUUCCUUGUGGUCCCGGGUGUCCGCCAUCACGGGCGGUCAGUCGGAGGAACCCAGUUCCGUCGAGCCAGCGUCUCGGACCACGUUACCCGCGCCCUCGUUUCUGGAGGAAGCGGAGGUGCCGGCCGUGGCGGAUCGCGGUUUCGGUCGCGUCGCGGACGAGGUGCCGGACAUGAAUGAGUCCCGUCCGGGUAGUACUGGCGCUCCCUCUCAACAAGACCGCCGGGACGAGGCUGUUGAAGCCGAAACAUCCUCGCCGCACCCACAAGACCACGAGCAAGAUGAAGCGCAGGGCUCGGUGCAGCCGCAAGAGCCCGAAGCGCCUUCGCUCCUGCAGCAGCUUCGGGCCGCUGAUGCUCCGUUGCCGUGGCCGCGGGAACCUGAGCCGUCUUCGCAACUGGAGCAUCGGCCUGUUGAAGGGCCGUUACCGCCGCCGGUGGAAGAUGGGUCGUCUUCGCACCUCGGGCAUCGAUCUGCUGAAGCCCCGUUGCCCCUGCAAGCUGAGCCGGCUCCGCGUCUGCAGCAUCAGGUUGCUGAUGCCUCGUUGCAGCUCACGCUGGUAAGCAGCCCGUCUUCGCAUCUGCAACAAGCUGGCGAAUCCGCACCCCCGGCUCCAAUGGAAGCCAAGCCGUCUUCGCAUCUGCAACAAGCUGGCGAAUCCGCACCCCCAGCCCCGCUGGGAGCCGAGCCGUAUUCGCAUCUGCAGAAAGCUGCUGAACACGCGCCCCCGGCCCCGCUGUAUCUGCAAGGUGGGGAAGCCGCGCCCCCGCCGCCAGGGGCAGCCAAGCCGUCUUCGCAUCUGCAGCAAGUUGGGGAAACCCUGCCUCCGCCGGCGCGGGAUGCCGAGCCGUCUACGCACCCACCGCAAUUUGCUGAAGCGGCGCCCCCGACGGUAUUGGAAGCCGAAUCGCCCUCGCGGGUUCAGCACGUUGCUGAGCCCGCGCCACUGACGGCGCUGGACGAACGUGAGCCUUCUUCGCACCUCCAGCAAGUUGCUGACCCCGCUCGCCCACAGCAGCGGAAAGCAGAGCUACCUUCGCGCCUGCAGCAAGCGAGAGAAGCCGCAACGCCGCUGCAGGAAGCAGGGCCGCCUUCGCACCUCCAGAAUGUUGCUGCGGGUUCCGAAAUCUUCACGGCCCCGCCACGACACCUGGAUCAGGGAGCUGUGGGGGUUUCGCAUCUACAGCGGGGCUCGUCAGAAAACUUGGAAUUUGGUCCCCCCCUUUCGCACGCCUGGCCCGUUUCGCACCUGCAGCAGGUUGCGGGAGACUUCGAAAUCAAGCACCCACCGCCGGACAGAAGCGCUCGUUCUUCUUCGUACUUGCGAGAAGACCGUGAGCGGAACCCCGCCGCGGCGCCGCCGCGGCAGGAAGCAGCGUCCGUCUCGACGUCGCAGCAGAUCUCGGAGAACUCCGGCAGUGGUGCGCUAGCACUGCAAAAAACCGUACGCGUGUCGGAGCUGCAGUCGCAGAGCUCGGAAAACCACACCGCCGCUGCUCCCGCCCAAGAGAGGGAAGCUUUUUCGCAUGAGGAUGGAAGGUCAACAAAAGAUCACGACGAUGCCUCCUCAGUCACUGCGCUGCAGACGUACCUUCAUUUGACUUCGUUGGCGCCAGAGCAGUGGGCAUCGAGGACCGCAAUCGCGGGCGGGAUCCCAUCUGACGGAAACCACUUUCCCCGUUGUAUCAAGACGUACACGUGCAUGAACUGAUUUCCCACCUCGGCCAAGGAGAGCAAGCAGGAGGCACGAUUUGUGAUGUAAUAUUUCUACCAGCCUUGUAUAAAAUGUGAAAGUCGUGUGUGAGUGUAAUUCUAAUUACCACCGAGGUUCCAUUUUUCCAGUUGCAAACGAACGAACGCAGAGCGAAAUUCGAUCGUUUCUUUCGUUUUUUGCGUGCAGGCGUUUCUUUUGUUUUUGCAUAUUGCAGCAAUGGAUCAGUGUUGAAAUCGCAUUCACACUGCAGAAUUCUCUUUGAGAGGCAGCAAAACAUGAUAAAACGAGACAAGAAAGAAAGCGCAAUCAUAAUUUGAAGAUGGCUUAGGCGUGCUCCAAGGUCCUUAGCGCCGCUAUCUAAGACGACAUGAAGAUGUUCAUGUUCGUUUUUACUUUACAUGCUUGGCGAGGCGGCGGCCCUAGUUGUGCUUGUAUGGGGGCCAAUGAUGUGCACCAGUCAAGAACUUGUAGUCCUGUGAUUUGCUCAAGGCCUACUUGAGUAGGGGAGUGGGACUCUUUUCAAACCCAUAGUGCCUGAAGACGGAUUCAGUUCUCUUCGCAGGGAAGUGGCGGUUGGACACGCCCGGGGACACCUGCCCGCAAAUAAAACCCUCGAGACGGCGAAUGCCACGAGCUUCAUGGAGAAUUCUGUGGUUGCGUAUGACCAGCAAGAACAAACAAUGCGCAGCUACUACGAUGACGUCGUCUACCACAUGAAAGUCAAAAUUGCAAUGUGGUGCAGAGCUGACCUGGAUACAUUCCUCAAAUAUUUCAACGACGCCGGCUAUGGCGGUGAUUGCAGGGGAAUUGAACCCAAGGUGCAGGAGUGGAUCGAACGAUAUUUCUUUUUUGGGAAAAUAAGGCAACAAAACAGCCGCGUUCGUGAAAUUGUUGCAGCAAAUAUGGAAGAUGGCGGACUGUUGAAAAACACGCCUGUGUCAUACGACGCGUCUAAUCAUGGCGGCCAAGGAAGCUUUGGGACGGUGCGCGAAUUUUGGACUGGAUCUAUUUUCAACCGAAAACACUCGAUUGGGGAUGCUGGUAUGUAAGGAAACGUGUCUACCUCGAGUCAAAAUGAAAAUAUGACAAAAAUGUGGUCUCGCAAUUGCGUCGCAUGCGCAGGUUUCUUUCGGCGCAGUGAGCAAAGCUGACUUUCGAACGACGUAUUUCGCAAUUUAUUAUGGCAUGCUCUGCCGCGCUCGAGAGCGAGCAAUAUGGAGCUGACAUCCACCAUAUCGACAGCACUUCCUGCGUCAUACGUUUUUAUGGUUUAUUAUUUAGCGGGCUGAGUUUUGUAUAGUUUCUGGCUGUUGCUGUCGGGUCGGACUCUCGCAUUGCCUGCGAGCCGAGCGGAGGUCUAAGUAUGUGAAUGUGCUGCCGAACAUCGGCGUUGACAUAUUCGUCUGUCGUCGUCUAAUUUGCUCUGUUUCAUUUUUCUCUCGCAGUGACUGCGUUUGCUUUGGAUACAAGGUCACGAUCAGAUUUUCAAAGAGGUGAGAUGUAACAAGGAAGACAGGAUGUUCGGCGGAAAUCAGAAGGCGUGCCUCUAUCACGUUUCAGACGAAGUCCUGAUGAAUCUGGUGCUUGCUCGCAGUAACAAGGUCGGCCAGGAUCUGCGGGACUGCAUUGCUCAGGGGACUUACUUCGUCAUGUCUUACAUCCCAGGCCGACACGAAGUUUUCUUCCAGUUUUUCCUUGAAAAGAUCGCAGUAAAUCCGUCCGGAGACGAUAAGGUGGCAAAACGAACGACGCUGCCAGUAGCCCGAGAAUACGUGAACAGUUUUCAUACGUGCCUCCUGGUCCUGGACAGCUACAAUUUUGUGCUGAAUGACCUAAAGCCCGCCAAUAUGGGAGCAAGGAUUGGUAGGAAACCGCAACUCCGCAGGGCGAUCAAGUUUUUUGAUUUCGGACUGUCUUCGAUUGUCGCUGCAAACGGCUUGGUCGUUCUCGGCGAAAAAGUGACGGAAUUGUACCCAACAAGGUUUUCGUUCCAUAAUAGCCAGGCCGUCGGCUUUUCGAUCCGGAAACCGAUCGGGACCGAAGCAACUUAUAGCCCCACCAUGGAACAUGGAAAAAUGUGGCUAAACGAGAAAAAUCGCUACUCACCAAAGACGGACUGGUUUGCUGCCAGCGUAACGAUGUUGCUGGACUUGGGAAUGCCACGGCUGUAUCUUGUCCUGAAUGGCCAGCACAAUCUUAGAACGUAUUAUGCAGCCGGGUAUCUCCUGAGAGAAGCGCAGGAUUUUUUGGACCAACUGGACAAGGACGUGCAAAAAACAAUGUCUUCGGGGUCGAACUCGUGUGCAACAAAAGGUCCCUGUCUUACGACGUCGCAAAAGGAUGAUAUCUUGCGACACAUCGCUUUCCGAAACAAGCCUGCUCAGGAUAGCAUCACGAGCGUCGACCACGUCGCAUAUGCUGGCGUUUCGAGGUCGUCCCCCCAAGCCUUGCCAGUUGCGGCUUCUCAACACCAAUCGACAUGGUCGCCUGGUGCAACAUGGAGGCUGUUUUCGCGCAAACAAGAAGCCAAGCCAGCCGAGCAAUCGCAGCCGUUGCAGAACGCGGGUCGCCGGAGUCGGGACGACCAACUGUCCGCAUCGCCAAACGCCGGUGAAGGAGUGAAUCUAUCAUGGCUUCUUAAUGGAGCCGGAAAGGCAGCACGAGCUGUUGCGCGUCGUGCAGACGGACUGGUAGAGCAGUUUCGAAAUAGUCGUCGUCAGAAGUCCCCUAUUUCGCCGAAGUCCGCUGUUUCCGAACCAACUAAAAAAGUUGCGUCGGUUCCAUCGACCUCACCAGCUUCAGGCAUGUUAGCACAUUUGCAAGCAUAUCUGCGGUCGGACCCGUCAGGGUCGCGGGCCACUGCAAACGAGGACACUCCUUCACAACGGACUCCAUCAUGGCCUAGACUUGCAGGCACCGCACCAAACCGCGCCGAUCCAGCCGCACCGAAAACAGUGCCAGGGACCCGACCGCAGGGAGCAGAUCGACCUCCGUCGCCCCGCACCAGCGCUCCAGCAGGCAGUUCUAGUUGGUUACCUUGGUCAUCAUGGCCCCCUUCUGAGCAGCGACCAGUCCUCCCCCCCCCGCCACCGCAGCGGCCGCAAUCACUACCCGCAUCGCGGCCAUCUCAGCAGCAGCUACCCGGCGCUUACAGCGCGCCAGCAUCCGAUUCCCGACUCUGGGCACUGGUUCCGCCGCCACCACAGUAUUCGCGACAGCAGACGCCACCUCCCGCCGGACCGCCAGGACUGCCAGCACCGCCGCCGCCGCCGGUGCAGCGCGCGCACAGCUUUCCUUCCCGUUCCGUGGAAGCUCCGCCCCCACCUCCAAGCCGAUACCCUUCGAUGCCUCCAAGCCGAUCCCCUUUCGAUGCGCCCUCAGGGGACGGGCGGUACGCGCACGGUGGGUACCGCGGCGCGUGAGGCGAAAGGAGUGUGUGUAUGUGUGUGUCUGUGUCUGUGUCUGUGUCUGUGUGCAGAUCAAACUGGAAGCGGGUGGACGUAGAUACAUACCUGACGUGGCUGGCUAUCAACACAGUGUAGCAGAUAAUUAGUGGAGACACGGCGCAUGAAUACUGGCUCAUAGAACAUCAGCGCUCCGCAUUGACCGAGAGGCCCGUUCGGAAUUAUCUUCCUUUAUUUUCUUCUUCUUUUCUGCCUCUCUCUACGGGCUUCAGGUGCGAUUAGUUUUUGAUUCAGACGAGAUAAUGUCGCACAGGAACGGCUUGCUUCGCUCGCACGAACUUUACUGAUAAUUAUUGUGAGAAACCAUUUGUACUAUUUGUAGAUGUAGGAGUAUCUCUCUUCUUUCUGCUUUCGGGUUCAGCCGCUGUGUCAUUUUGGACUUGGAAUUACUCUUAUGUCAAGCUACAACUUCAAGCCCUUGUUGUUAUCUUAUUUUUUUACAGCACGCACACAUUUUCACUUAAAUAAUGAACAACAAAAGUAGAAUGUUUUUCAAAUCAAUUUCGAAGUAUACAAAAAGAUUUUGAUUUUCUGUGAGACAAACGCCAACAUCGAAAAGUGACGACACGCUAGGCACGCACGCCCAUCCGUUUGCGCGCGUCGCCUGCUGCUUGCGACUUACUUUUCGGGAAGGGCACGGGGCGAAUGCGUAAUCGUUUUUCAUAUUUAUUAUUACCGUACUUCAAAACAGGACUUCAUUAUGAUACAUUUUGAAACGCACAACAAGUAGCAAUACUAGUAGGACAAGAAAUCUUCGACGUUAAAAAAUCAUGGAAGACCCAUUUCGCAUUUUUUGUUACUAUCGAGAAGAAGACUCAGGCAUGUUGAUUGUACAUUUUUACUUAUCGUGACCGUGUAUAAAGACGCUUCAAACGAGAUUCGACAAAUAUUUCAACAAGCGACCAAGAUGCGACUUCAAGGAAACGUAAAUUAUCCGUGACGAAUAACUUUGUAUUUGAGUUCAGGAUUUAUUAGCUGCAUAUGUCAGACACUUACUUGCACGCCAUAAGAUGCGAGCAAAGGGC